GAUUAAACCUUAGCAAUUGAGUAAUCUCGGUUAAGUGUUCCUCUCGUCUUCCUCCAAGUCGAAGAGCACGAAUCAUAAUCUCGCUUCGUUGUCUCACUUUCCUCCGCGCGUUCUGUUUCCGAGUGCUAGAGCCCCCAGCGUUUGGUUGACGAGCUUCGUUGAUGGUCUCUCCUAAACAUGUCACUGUCAAAGCUUAGUAGAAGAUAUCUUCUGUCGGCAAACCUUGUUAAGAUACCGCAUUCACCUCUUGGUUCUCAGUUCAAACAUGGGAUUCCUGGGCUAGGUUUCUGUCACGCACGAUCUGUCUCUGGAUAUGGGCAACCUUCAGUUAGCGAUAUAUGGUGCUUAGUACGAAGAUGCAGAUUUAGUACCUGUUCAACUAACAAGUCUUAUGAGUUUCCAAAUGGUUCUGUAUAUAGUAGGAAACCCAGUUCUAUAUUCAGUACCCAUCGCUACUAUGCCUCGCAUGCUUCUUCCACAGAACAAAAAUCUCGAAAAAUGCUUCUAUACCUGACAGCUCUGGUCCUCGCAAUGGUGGGAAGUAGUUAUGCGGCUGUACCUUUGUAUAGGAGAUUCUGUCAGGUUACUGGGUAUGGUGGCACUAUUCAACGACGUGAGACUGUCGAAGAAAAAAUUGCCCGACAUGCUAAUGAUGGGGCUGUCUCCACAAGGGAGAUUGCGGUGCAGUUUAAUGCUGAUGUGGCUGAUGGGAUGCCAUGGAAGUUUACUCCCACCCAAAGAGAGGUAAGGGUCAAGCCUGGAGAAAGUGCUCUUGCAUUUUAUACUGCUGAAAAUCGCAGUUCAGUACCAAUAACUGGCGUUUCCACAUACAAUGUUACUCCCAUGAAGGCAGCAGUUUAUUUCAACAAAAUACAGUGCUUUUGCUUUGAAGAGCAGCGGCUACUUCCAGGAGAACAAAUUGAUAUGCCUGUGUUUUUUUACAUCGACCCUGAGUUUGAAACCGAUCCUAGAAUGGAUGGCAUCAAUAACUUGGUUUUGUCAUAUACAUUUUUCAAGGUAUCUGAGGACUGAUUGACUUGUGUUUACAGAAAAACUUGACGAAGUUUUGGACGGCAGUUACUUCGACAAAAGGCAGCUAGCUGAUUUAGAGAAUGCCAAGUAGACUGGCUUUAAGCUUGGACUGGCAUAAUCUAUUGUAAAACAUG